AUGCCUCGCCUCGUCAACAGCGGCACCGCCUCCCUGGCCCGCCUGCCCGAAUACGAACCCCCCGCCUGCCCCCUCGACGACAACGCCCGCCGCGCCCUCGGCGACCUGUCCAACAACCGCGGCACGCGCUUCUACGAGGCCCAGCUCAAGGACCUGGUCCGCCAGCUGGGCCUCGGCGUCGGCGACAUCAACGAGCGCCUCGCCGCCCAGCUCGAGCGCCUCGAAGCCCUGCGCAACAGGAGGCAGGAAAAGGGCUCCGACAAGACGGACGAGGAGGCUCGCCUCGAGGCCCAUCUGCUCCAAUUUGAGAGCGACGUCGACGCCCUUACGCGUGACGCCGAAUGCGCUGUGCGCGACGUCAUCGACAAGAGGGCCGAGCUCGAGGACGAGGCUGCCGUGGUGGCUGAUUUGUACACCACCGUCGUCACGCGCGACAUCGACGCCUCUGCGCAGCGCAGGCAGCGCCGUGCAGCAGAAGAGGAAGAGGAAGAGGAGAACGAGGCAGAGCAGCAGGACCGAAAGCAGGAUCCCGUCCCCAGCACCCUCGACGCCUUUCGCGAGCGUCGCGCCCUGAAACUCGCAGAGUACAGCGACCAGCUCACCCCCGCCCAGCGGUACGCCCGCAACAACGACUACGCCGGCUUCAAGAAGCUGUGGCACGACGCGGCCACCGGCGAGGACGGCCCCGCGCUCCCCGACGCAUCUAAGUGGUUCCGCUCCAACGGCCAGCCCGUCAUGGACCGGCCCGGUGCCGCGACGCGGCGCAGCACCGUCGGGGCCGGCCCAGAUGACGACGAUGACGAUAUUGCCGUGGCGCGCGAGGUGCUGAGCAUCAAGUGUCCCCUGACGCUGCGGCCCAUGGACGAGCCUUUCAGCAACUCAAAGUGCAAGCACACAUUUGAGAAGUCGGCCAUUCGCGAUUACCUGCCCGCGCAAGGCGUUGUCCAAUGUCCCCAGACGGGAUGCUCCGAGACAUUCUCCCGCGCAAUGUUCUCGGAAGACUUCUACCUCGACCAGGCCAUGCUGCGGAGGAUCCAGCGCGCAAGGCAAGCCCAACGCAACGACAAGCUGGACGGGAUCGACGACGACGACGACAUAGGCGACGCGGACGGGGACAUGAUGGUGAGGGGCCAGAGAGCCGUAAGAGGCAGGGCGCCCAAAGCAGAGCGUCUUUCACGAGCAUGA